UAUUUUUGUGUUGAUUUGAUUUAACAAACAGCAAAUAAGUUUGCAACCGACCAUGGCCGACAGCCUAUUCCGAAUGAGUAGCAGUGGAUUGCUGCGAACGAGUGCGAAUAGCUCUAAUUUACAGAAGACUCUAUCCCGCUCGAUGCGUCCCGAAAACAAUGUGACGACAUUGAGUGAAACGCUAAUGGACACGGAUGAUUCGAACCGGGGCAGGAGCCGGAUGGAUGUCCUGUUCACCCAAUUCUUUAAUAUCCUGCAAGCGCACACCAGCGAGUCGGAGACCUUCGAUGUUUUGCUGAGCUUGUCCCUAGCGUGCAAGGCGGUCGUGGAGCAACUGCAGCUGGAAAUUGAAGAGGGAAUGGGCGGAGAGCAGGGCGCCGCGCACAGAACGGCCAGCAUUAAUUGGCUAAAGCAGGAGAUCAACACUUGGCGCUUGCUCCAUGGCAUCUACUAUGAUCGAAUAUUGGUACAGACGGAUACCCAAGCAGACGAUGAAAUGCAGGAAGGAGGCACUCUUGGAGGCAGUGAGAAAAUGGUAAUCACUCAGCUGUAUGCCAUCAAUUCCACCCUGAGGGAGUACCAGCUGGUUGUCGACUGGCUGGAGGCCAGCUACGACGGGAAGGAUGCAGAGAAUUUGCUUCACUACCACGACCGGAUGAUGGCCUGGGAGAACACGCUCUUCCAGUUAGAGAAUUUACAGGGAGUUGCGUUCGGGAAAAAGCAUGAAAUUGUCACGAGCUUGGAUCCCGAUGCUCCUGUGAGAGAGAAUCGUCCUCUGCACGCUCUAGACGAGGAAGACAAUAUGAGGUUGGGCCGCGCGAUUUUCGGGGCUAUCAGGAGAGGAAGUAUCGAUGAUGCCCUUAAGUUGUGCAAGCACUACGGCCAGACGUGGAAAGCUGCCAUACUGGAGGGAUGGAGGCUCCACGAGGAUCCAAACUUUGAGCUCGGCGGAUCCCUGGUCAACGAGAAACUGCCCAUUGAGGGAAACCCUCGUCGCGAUGUGUGGAAAAGGUGCGCCUGGCGUGUGGCCGAUUCGAACCGCUACGACGUGUUCACACGCGCCACAGCCGGCGUCUUUUCGGGACACUUGACUUCUUUAAAAGCACUGCCACACAGCAAUUGGCAUGAUCUGCUCUGGGCCCACAUCAAGGUUCAAAUCGACAUUCGUGUGGAAUCGGAGAUUCGAGAAUACUGCACGAAGCGUUAUCAGGACAUGCCCGAGGACUAUUGGAACGGAAAAAUGACAUUGGAGCAAAUUUUCGACGAACUGAAUGUAGCCAAAGAUGUGUCUGUGAAGGACUUUGCCAAGGGCCACUUGGGCAUCAUACAGAGACAUCUCAUCCUGGACACGUGUGGCGAGUUGAUCCAGCAAAUGGUGCGCUGGUUAGAGACGGACAUCAGCAAGCUGUCUUCUCACCAGCUCCGCUUUAUGGCCCACAUUGUUCUGUUCCUGCGGCAGAUUGGACGUGUCGAAAACGAAAAGAUGGCUGAAAAAAUCAUCGCUUCCUAUGUAGAGGCGUUGCUCGCUCGUGGAGAUGCCCAGCUUAUUGCCUACUAUUGUGCGCCCUUGUCCAACCGGCUCCAAGUAAAACUCUACUCUCAAUUCCUUGAAAAAGUUGAGCAGAAACGUGCGCGAGAGCUGGCCAUCGACUCUGCAUUGCAAGCGGGACUGGACGUGGAGCAGAUCACCCGCUUUACUGUGGAAAAUAUACGACACGCUCAGUAUCCACUGGGAGAUCUCGGGGAACCGCAUGCAGGAGAAAUAUCUGCUUCGGACCAGUUCAAGAUCGCUGCUCUGGAGUGGCUCAUCUUUCUGCCGGAACAGCGGAGCGAACUUCUCUGGCAAGCAUGUGCCAUGAUGCGUAUUUAUCUGGCUUCUAACAAGAUCGAGUGCAUGCGCCAAACAUUCCUGAUGGUGCCCGGCGACGUGGUCACCCGUCUAAUAGGUACUGUAGGCUCCUUGGAUAAUCUGCCCCCUCGCGAGGAGUGCAGCUUGAAGGAAUAUCUUUGCUACAAGGUCUACCUCACUGGCGUCGACAGCUUCGUUGAGUGGAAUUGCCUUUACAAGAAUCCUCCGCAGAAGCCGGUGGUCAUUGGGGCUACCAGCCAGGACAACUUCACGGAGCGGCUGGUGUGCGAGCUAAAGCAGCAGACCUAUCGCAGUGAGCUGGAAAGAUGGGAGCAGAAGGUCAAGGAGGAGGCAAAGCAGACAACGGAAGCUUUAUACAACAUUUUGACGUUCCCGGAAAAAGGCUGGCUAGUCGACCCCUUCAUCUCUAAGGAGCCGGCAAAUGCUGCGCAGCUCAAUUGGGAGAAUCGACAGCUGCAGAUGGAAAAGCUGCGCUCCAUCUGUCUGCCCGAGAUCGCACUCCUCCUUCAUGAAGUUAUGUCUAAGUCCGGAGACCUUGUUGGCUGUGUGCGCCUGGCAGAUGAAUUAGCCAGCGAACAUCGUCAGCUUUACAAAGUCUACACCAAGCACCAGAUGGCCGAGCUGCUCUCCAAGAUUGCCGACACUUCCCUGGAGCUGCUCAACUCGAAACUGGAUCCCUGGGGCUACCCCAUUACCGUCUAGAAGUUCGAAUUCGAUUUGUUUGCGAUAUAUAUCUAAUUUUAAACGUUUA